AUUCUGGAUCUUAGGAUAGUAUAUGAGAAUGAGGGAGGUGAUGUUGGGCCUCAGUAUCAGAUGACAGAUGAAAACAUAGCAUCCGCAAAGAUGAAGUCGGCAUCGGCAUCUAGUACCGCCCCUAAUGUUUAUGUACACAUUGAGGCAACGGAUGACUAUUACUUGCCCACCAUAGAUAUCAAUUCAACUGUCAAUGACGGAAUGAUAAAGGCCGUUGGUGCAAAGGGUCGGGGGCGAAAACGUACUGCCGAUCAAGGACCAUCAUCAAAUAGCAAUAACACGUCAGCGAAAAAUGCGAGAAGAGCGAGAAAAUGUAAAAUUUCGGUCAAUGUUACUGACGAGGGAAUGCUUCGGUUGGUUGACGAGUGGCAAUGGAACACUAAAAAUCAACUGAUAAUUCAUCCAUUGCCUCGUCCUAACACAGUUGAUGACAUUCUUGAGGAAUUUUACGAAUUCAAAAUUGAGGAGAUCAAAGAACAGACCAAGUCGACCGGUAGAAAUCGUGGUCGAAUUUCAAAAUCACAAGAAACUUCAAUACGAGAAAUAAUAAAUGGAAUCAGACAAUACUUCAACGAAGCUUUGCCAAUAUACUUAUUAUAUCGUUUUGAACGUCAGCAAUAUGUUGAGAUGACGGAGAAAUACCCCAAAAAGUUCAUGUCUUCUAUUUAUGGAGCCGAGCACCUGAUGCGUCUUGUUGUUAAAAUACCCGAUUUGGUUCACGGCGUUCAAAUGAAGGAGCAGAAGGCGGAAAUAUUAGAAAAAAUAUUCAAUGAGUUGGCAAC